CAUAAUAUCAUAACUCGACAUAGCGCAUUUUCUUACUGCGCUCUAAGAACACCAUGUUGACAUUUUCCAACCUAGAACUUCUUCUGACAAACGAUUAAUGUUUGGAGCCUAUUAAAAAGUGGGGUUUUACUGGGGAAGAUAGAUAAGAUAAAUUUCAAAUUUCAUUUUUUUCAACUCUUCAAUAGCUAAGAACUGCAAACGGAUUGGCACUUCUCUGGAUGCAGCAAUCAGCUGGACUAUGUGAAUUUCUUGUUUGAUCGCCACAAGAAUAUCACUGAAAAUGGCAUACUUCUUACACCACAGCAGGUUGCCAGCCUUAAUACUAAUAAGACAAUUCAUUUAUCAUACUCCAAGGAAUAGCAUUGUUAGUGUUUCCGCCUUGGAAAAAGGACGAAUCCGAAAGAAACCCAAAUCACACUCCAAAUCCUCUGCUGCAGUGUCCGUUUCGUCCAGAGAAAGUCGGCUGAGGGAAGCCAUUGACGUUCUGAAUGUCAUGGAUAAGCAAGGUAUAAUGAUUAAUACCGAGACAUAUGCUUCUCUUAUCAAGCUUUGUACAGACAUGAAAGCACUCAACGAAGGCAAGCAAGUCCAUACCCACAUGGAAAACAGCGGAAUUAAUAUACCCUACUCUUUGGAAACCAAACUUGUUAGCAUGUACAUAAAGUGUGCAAGUUUGGAGGAUGCGCGUCAAGUGUUUGACAGAAUGCGUAAACGAACUCUGUACUUGUGGAGUUCAAUGAUUGGAGGAUAUUCUAGGCAGGGAAUCUAUGAGGAAGUCUUUAAUUUAUACAAGCAAAUGCUAGCAAAGAGAUUGGAGCCUGACAGGUCCGUGUUUGUUUGGGUUCUUAAGGCGUGUUCCCAACAAGUGGGGUUUUUGGAACAGGGGAAGAAAGUUCACAAUGAUGCUGUUAGAUUUGGGCUUGAAUCAGAUGUUCUGGUAGGCAAUGAAGUUAUUGACAUGUAUGGGAAAUGUGGGGAUUUAAAAAACGCACACCAGGUGUUUGACAGAAUGUCAGAGAGAGAUGCAAUGUCUUGGACAAUUAUUAUUGGAGUUUGUGUUCGGAAAGGCUGUGCUGGAGAAAGUUUUGAGCUCUUGAGAAGAAUGCAAGCAGAAGGUUUGAGGGCCAAUUUAGAAUGUUUAUUGACAAUUAUCCCAUUGUGCGCCAACUUGGGAGCUUUAACUCAAGGAAAGGAGAUUCAUGGUUAUAUAGUUAGAGGUGAGUUUGAGGAAAACGUUUCUGUGGGGAGGGUUCUAGUAGACAUGUAUGCUAAAUGUGGGAACAUAAGGAAUGCUCGUAGAUUGUUUGGCAAAAUGCCUCAAAGAGAUGCGGUUUUGUGGAAUGUUAUGGUUGCAACUUGUGCUCAGAAUGGACAUCACAAGGAGGCGCAGGAACUCUUUCAUCAAAUGCAAGCUGAGGGAAUUGAGCCUGAUUUGAUUUCCUGGAACUCGAUAAUUGCAGUAUGUGUGCAAAAUGGAGAGGGGGGUGAUGCUCUCAAACUGUUUUGUCAAAUGCAGCAGGUAAGUGUGAGGCCGAACUCGAUUACUGUUGCUAGUAUCCUGCCCGCAUGUGCUCAGCUAGUGGCUUUGCAACAGGGAAAAGAAAUUCAUGCUCACAUUUUCAGAAAUGGGGUUAAGUCCGAUGUGGCCGGGACAACUGCUCUUGUAGAUAUGUAUGCAAAAUGUGGGCAUCUUGAGUAUGCUCGCAGGGUGUUUGAGAAAGCAUUGGGAAGAGAUACAAUAACAUGGAAUACAAUGAUAGGGGCAUAUGCUAUGCAUGGACAUGGAGAUAAAGCUUUUGAACUCUUUUAUGAAAUGCAACUUGCAGGAGUGAAACCAAACAAUGCUACAUUUGCUGGUGUUCUUUCCGCUUGCAAUCAUGCAGACAUGGUCGAUGAAGCCGGGUAUUUGUUCAAUUCCAUGGAUCAAGAAUAUCAAAUUAAGCCUGAUGCCGAUCAUUUUGCAAGCAUGGUUGACCUGCUUAGCCGUGCAGGUCGCUUCAAUGAGUUGAAUGAUUUGAUGAAGAAGAAGCAAAUAGAACCCGAUGCAAGUGCAUAGGGGACAUUCCUUGCUGCCUGUAGAAUCCAUGGAAACAUGGAGCUUGGAAGAUUGGCUGCAGAAUGUAUCUUUACUAUGAAGCCCAAAGUUGAGCAAAUUGUGUACAACUUUCCAAUUUGUGGAGGUGGGAUGAGGCGUUAAAUGUGAGAAAGACUAUGGGAGAAAAUGGUUUAUUCAAGAGACCAGGAUGCAGCUCGAUUGAGAUGAAGAUAGAUCACAUCAACAAUCAGAGAGAAUCUGUGCAUUGUCAGAUGAAGGAAGCAGGUUAUAAACCCAAUAUAAACUUUGGGUUAUGUGACUUGAAAUUAAGAGAGAGAUUACUUCCUCUGUGGACAUUGUGAAAAGUUGGCCAUGGGUUUUGGACUUGUCAACGCAUACCCCGGGGGAACCUAUUCAGAUCAUCAAAACCAUUUGUAUUUGUGGUGAUUGCCACAUUAUGUUCAAUCUAAUUCCUAACACUACUGUGGGGAUUAUUGGUAAUUCAAUAUGAAAGUAACACUAAUUAAAAAAGACAUAAAUGAUGUUUUUCCAGUUCAAUAUUUUUCAAUUAUUAGUGAUGUUUUACAGUUCAAUAUUUUUUA